UCAGUGCAAAAUACUGCCCUGUACCGUACGCAUCUCGUGCGUAUAAUAUCGCUUCUCGAAGUCUCGAGGAAUAUCGGUUACCGUUUCCGCGAAUACUAUUAUCGAUCCUACCGUUGAUUUCCGUUUUGUUUUUUAUUAUCGUAUUAUUAUUACGUCAUCGUUGACAAAAACAAAACGAUGUUACCUGCCGAUUUUCACGAGAGAUUGAGACGCAAGUUAUCACUCGAUCCUACCGCCCGGGAUUCCAUUUCAGCGGUGAAAAGUUUGAUUUGCGAUCAUCAGUUAUCAAUUGAGAAAAUCGAUCCUGCCGUUAUACAAGUGAAUGGAUUGAAAAAUUCGAACGAGAUGCCGGCCAAUAACAAUCAUAUGGAUUGGAAGGAUCUGAAUGAAAAGCAAUCGAUGGUGUUUGCCCCUAAAGAAGUGAAAGCCAAUGGAUUUGAGAUUUCAAACGAAAAGCAAAGUCCUUCUAACAUUUCUGUCGAAUCCAAACAAGGACUAAUUGAAAUGGAAUCUCGAAAUCACAUCCUUAAAGAAGGGAAACCUGAUUUAUUGAACAACAACCUUUUUGAAGAAUCAAAAGUCAAAUUCAAUGAAUCGCCAAGCAAACAAAAUCACACUCAUUACAUCAAAGAAAAUGAAGAUCUCCAGAAUCUCAAAUCUGCAUCUUUAUUAAAUGCAUUAUUAAAAGUAAAAACUGAACCUGGUAUCGAAAAGUUGUAUACCAAUAAAAUGAGCAGUGAAACAAAUGAGGAUCAGAAAACAUACGAAAGAGUUUUAGAAUUAGCAAAUGAAUAUAUGAACACAGAUUUUAAAAUAGAUCUUAAUGAAUUGUACUUGGAUUGCUAUAAUGAAAAAUUAUCUAAGGAUUGGAUAAAAGCUGUGAAAUUUAAUGUCACAAUAGAAUAUAAAAAGAAAAUGAGGCAAAUUUCAUAUUCAACUGAAAUGAAUAUUAAAGAAGAAAUUACACAAAAUUCUGUUGAGAACAAUACUCUGGUGAAGCAAAUUUCAAAUUUAACAGAAAUCAAGGAAGAAAUCACAAAAGAUCCUAUUGAGAACAAGACUCAGCCGAGGCAGAUUUCAAAUUUGACUAACAUCAAUAUUGAGGAAAAAAUUUCAAAAGGUCCUGUUGAGAAUAACACUGAGUUGAUGCAAACUUUAAAUUCAACUCAACUGAAUGAACUGAGUAAUAAGGACAAAACAAUACAAAGUCCUGUUGAAAACAACACUCAGCUGAAACAAACUUCAUAUUCAACUGAACUAAAUGAACUGAAUAAUAAGGACAAAACAAUACAAAGUCCUGUUGAAAACAACACUCAGCUGAAGCAAACUUCAUAUUCACCUGAACUAAAUGAACUGAAUAAUAAGGACAAAACAAUACAAAGUCCUGUUGAAAACAACACUCAGCUGAAGCAAACUUCAUAUUCAACCGAACUAAAUGAACUGAAUAAUAACGAUGAAACGAUGCAAAGUCCCGUUGAGAACGCUACUCAAGAAAAGCAAAUUUCAAAAUUGACUAAAUUGAUUGUAGAAGAAAAAGUAGCACAAAUUGAUGAUACCUUAAUUAUGGAAGAAACUCUUUCGGAUCCACUAAAUGAUCCAUCAUUAUGUUUAGAACCUGGUAUUCUAACUGUCAAAGAUAUCCCAACAUCAUUUUGGAUCACAAUUCAUCGUGCUGAUGGAUUUUCAGAAAUAUGGGGACAAAUAUUAGAAGAUGGCUUUUAUGAAAAUAUGAUUAAAUUGGCAACAGAUAUGCAGAAUUUUUAUGAAACACGAGAGUCAUGUUCAAUAAAAGCGGCAGAAAACUCAUAUUAUGCUCUGAAGCAAGAUGUGUGGCACAGAGUAAAAUGCACCAAACUUGAAAAGGAAAAAGCGCAUAUUAUUUUUAUUGACCGUGGCGACAUUGAUGUAGUUGAUGUUAACAAACUACAACCUCUGGUUUCAGAAUUUACAGUACUACCUGCUCAAGGAAUCAAUAUUCGCUUAACACCUCUGGAAUUAUUUUCUGAUUUAGCUGAAGCGAAUACAAUUUUAAAAGAACACUUAGUCGAAACCGAUGUAUUUGUUGAAGUUGCUGCAACUAAAAACUACCCUGAUUAUUUAUCAGUUUCAGUUGAAGAAAUGCAGUUAGAAAAUGGAAAAAGUACUACAGAUCAAGAUAACUUCACUAAUCUUGUCCCUAUUAUUAGUCACAAAAUAUAUAAAUUACUUCCAGGUCCAAUUGCUCAAGUUAAACUAAAUGAAACAUUUGAAGCAAGAGUAACUCACAUUUGCAAACCAAAUGGAUUGUAUGUUCAACUUUGUUCAAAAAGUUUUGAGUAUUUUAAUCAUUUAAUGAAAAAAGCCACCCCAAAACUUGAUGCUUUUCCAAUAGCUGAUGAACUGCCUAAUUUAGAUGCUAAUAGAUUGUACUUUGCCAAAAAUGAAGCAAAAAUUUGGUGUAGAGUUAAAAUUUUGAAGUUGAAUCCAAAUAAUACUAUAGAAGCUUUCUUUAUUGACAUAGGGUACAUUAAACUGGUACGCAGAAGUGGAUUGAUUUUGAUAAAUAAAAUUGAUAAAAUGAUGGAAAAAUAUCCAGCACAGGCCCUUUUUGUUAAACUUGAUCAAAUUGAUACACUUGAUGAGGAAGCUAUAAAUUGUUUGGAAUCACUUGCAACUCCAGAAGAUGUUGUUCAUGUGACUUUUAAAACUGCAAUGACGACUGAAAAUCCAACACCAAAAGUGGAGAUGUUCAAAAAAACCAAUGAUUUUUUAGCAUCAAUCAAUUCUACACUUAUUCUAAGAAAAAAAACAAGCUAUCCAGUUAAUAUACCUCAGAGAAGACCCAAAUCAUACUCUCGUGAUGAAUCAACAGAAUCUUUAAAAAUAUCAACCAGUAGCUCUGAUUUAAAUAAUUCCUCUAUUCAAAAGAGUGAUGAAAGCAUCAAAACGAAAUUAAGUUUUAAAAAAAGUAUAUCCAAUGAGAUAUCAAACAAAAAACUAUCUAUUGAUGAUAUACUGCCAGCAGUGGAAGUCCCUCCUGAAGGGAGUUUUUUUGAUUGUUAUGUGGUGCGGGCAAGUCAUCCAUCCUGCUUUAUCAUACAAAUUCUUCGUAAUAAAGCAAAACUUUUAUCAAACUUAGUUCGCGAUGUAUCUGUAAUAUGUAAUAAUUACAAGGGAAAAGAAUUAUCCUUUGAGUCAGUUGAAAUUGGAAUGCUAUAUGCUUGUAAAAGUGAUGAUGAAUAUUGGCACAGAGCAUAUGUGACCAAAAAAUCUAGUCCAAAAGAAGUAGUGGUUUAUUUUUGCGAUGAUGGAUAUCAUAAAACUGUAGGAGCCAAAAAUCUAAUACCACUCGAUAAGCAGUAUUUUAAAUUGCCAUACCAAGCAAUUUGGGCACAGUUACAUGGUGUAAAACCAACAUCUCCAGCAUGGAGUGUCACCGAUAGCUUGAAAUUUCGGGAUAUGAUUCAAGGAAAAAAUAUCGUGUGUGAUAUAAGAAGUAAAACUAAAGUCACUGAAGAAAAUGAAGAUGGUCCAAGCAUCAAUAAAUAUCUGUAUCAAGUAGAGUUGUAUGAUACCAGUACACCUGAAGAUGUCAACAUUGCCGAUUUAUUAGUAAAUCAAGGCAUAUGUACUCGUUGUUAAUAUGCGUAAUAUAUACGCAUACAAAAGUAGUUUGUAAGUAUUAGAAACGGAAAUUAUCAAUCCUAGUUGAAACCAAAUUUAUCUUAAUUUACAAAGAUUCUUCAGAUUGCUCUGAACAAUAUUUAAUCACUGUAAAUUAAACGAAAUCACAUGAUAAAAUCAUGAAUAAUUGUUAGUUAUAGUUAGAGUUAGAAAUGAUGUUUUUCUAUUUUUCAUAUAAUUAUUUAUUGUAUGUUCCAAUGUCUCAAUUCAAUGGUGAUAAUAAAGUAAAUAUUAUUUUUUCAAUUUA